AUGGCCCUGGUCGAAUAUGGCAGCGACAGCGGAGGUGACCAGGAAGAAAUUCAACCCGAACCACAGCCAAAAGUCGCUGCCGGUGCCACACCCUUACAAGUAAGAAAGGCGCGCCCAACUCCCGGUUCACCAUUGAAUCUCAAACCAGAUGGAACCUCAAAAAAAAUUACCUCUGUGCCAUUCAAGAAGGUAGAACCUGAGCCGCAAAUCCAGGAAUCUGAAACGACAGAUGACAUCGGACCCAUUCAGGGUCCCGCACGACCGCCUCAAUCCCCGUCUCCCGUCCGACAGACCCCCGGAUCCGAGCCACUAUCACCUUACUCCCUUAAUCGCGCAGCAAUCCGAUCUUUAACCUUACCGACAUCAAUACCGGAGAUACCACCUUCGCCGCCGGGCGAGGAACACCCCGAUGUUAGCUCCAAAUUCAAGCGCUUCCGAGAGCUCAAGAGGCAAGGGAUCCACUUCAACGAGCAGCUCUCACGAUCAUCCACCCUACAGAACCCGAAUCUAUUUGAGAAACUUACAGAAUUUGUUGGGGUUACCGGCGGUGAUCAGUAUACGAGCUGUCUCCCGAAAGAGUUCUGGGAUCCAUUCGGCUUCCCUGAAGAGGCUUUUGCAGACAAGCUUGCGAAAAGGCAGAUUGAAGUACUUGAGAAAAGGCAGGCAGAGGAAAGGAGUCGCAUCGAGUUCGUGGGAUCCACAGCUAUAUCAGCCCCCCCAGCACCAUCAUCAUCAAGGGAUAGAAGAGCUGGGAACGCUGGAGGCCAAAGUGCAGCAGAAAGAGUCAUGGCAGGGUUAGAUCGGGGAAGGGACAGGGAACGCGAUACCGGGCCCAGGAGAAAAGAGUCUAGUGGGAGGUGGGAAGAACGAAAGAGAGAAGGCGACGAUAAAAAGAAACGGUCGCGUUCGAGUUCACGGGAGCGGUCUGUUGGUAGAGGCAGGCAACGAGAUUACGAUAGGGCCUAGUUGGUCAUUUGUAUAACACCUAACCUAUUCUUAUUCAUAUUUGAUAAUUAG